AUGUCGGAUCUCAGUGACAUUGAACAGGGCAUUGACACGCUAGAAACUACUGGGAUGAGCACAACGAAUGGCGACGGCGGCGCCCCAACCCUCGUCGGUCCGGUAGUCUCGAUGAAUUGGGCACCAGCCAUCCUCCACAACACGUCCUCGGGCUCUUUGAACAAUUCCUCGACCGUAGACUCUUGGCGAGCUGCGCACGACAAUGACGAUGACAACUACAGCUUUCCAAGGGCUCCGUCUCCAACUCCGCCUACCCAGAUUCAUCGAGAACGGGUUCGGCAAACUACAGAUGCAACCAUGAUUAUGAGCAAUACAGCUCAGCACGUCAACGACUUCUUCUUCACGCCCCAUGUGGCGGAAGGUUGCAACGGACAAGACAAGGACGCUGAUUGCAAAGGCAAUGAAGUAAAAAGACAAGCAAGUCAAGCAAUAAGUGACACAAUCUCGUCGCCCCAACCUGCUCAGCCUCAAACCUGGGGAAGAGGAAUCCUGGAAGAUUUUAGGGGAACAGCCGGCAAGUACUGGAAGCAGGAGAUGACCAAUUUUCAACCAAAAACCGUCGGCGUAUCGCUCUUCCUCUUCUUUGCUUGUGUCGCUCCUGCGAUUACAUUCGGGGCAAUGUAUGGCAAAAUGACGCAUUACAGGGUUGGAACGGUGGAAAUGCUCAUCGUUGACCAACUCAACAUUGCUCCGCUUCACUCGUCCUAUCUCAUCUCAAUCGUCGAGCAGAUGAUCAAUGGUGGAACUGGACCUGUCUUGGCAUUUGCUGGAGUCCUCUACAAGUUAUCCGAGUCCAUGUCAGUUCCCUUCUUGACGUUCAAUGCCUGGUGUGGACUUUGGGUCUGCUUCUACAUGAUGUUGGCAGCAGCAACGGACGCCAACCGAGUCAUCCGAUUUGCUACGAGAUUCACAGACGAGAUCUUUGCCCUCUUGAUUGCCGCCAUCUUUGUCGUUGAAGCCUUGGGAAGCCCUGUCCAUCCUGUUGGAGUCUUCUAUUACUUUGACCCUUCUCAUGAGUCACACCAAAAGCAUCAAGGUGACCCGGACUACAGCUACAUGGAAACCGCAUUGCUCAGUCUUUUGGUGAUGUUGGGCACAAUGUUCCUUGCUUACUUUCUCCGAGACAUCAAGUACACGACAUACUUGUGGCAUCCUUCGGCUCGGAAUGUAUGCUCAGACUUUGCCAUCACACUCUCCAUUCUGACCUUUACUCUGAUUGCACAUCUUGGCUUCCCCAGCGUUCCGCUGGAAGAGCUCAAGGUUCCCGACACCCUAGCUCCAACGCUUGUUUGCUGCACGGCCUCUUGUCACCACAGUUGGCCCGACGAGUGCCCAGACAUUGCGGAUCCAUACGGAAGGCGCCCGUGGUUGGUCGAUCUAUUUGAUUUGAAUGGCAAAACCUAUGUCCCCUUUGUGGCGGCGGGUCCUGCGAUCCUUGCUUUUAUCCUGAUCUUUCUAGACGACGGAAUCACAAAGCACCUCAUGAACCAUCCCUGUCACAAACUCCAGCACGGCACCGCGUACAACUAUGACACGGUCAUUAUUGGGGGAAUGAUUGCUGUGAAUAGUAUCCUUGGUCUCCCCUGGCUGGUUGCGGCUACUGUCCGAAGCUUGAAUCACCUCCAUGCACUUGCCGAUAAGUCAGCCGAUGGUAAAACCAUCUACUCGGUGAUGGAGACGAGACUGACGGGUCUCUUUGCACACAUUUUGAUCUUGUGCGCUUCGAUGGCGCUCGGUGCCAUCCGCCUGAUCCCCAUUCCUGUUCUGUACGGGGUUUUCCUGUACAUGGGCCUUACGACUCUUCCCACCAACCAGCUUUUCAACCGCUGCUUGCUGUUCUUGAUGCAACCAUCGCAGUACGCGGAUGCCAAUGUGGAGCCGUUUAUCGAAAACGUAAAAACGUGGCGCAUACACCUCUUUACUGGAAUUCAGUUGGUGCUGUUUGGGUUGCUGUAUGGGAUCAAGAGCGUCAAACCCAUUGCUGUUGCCUUUCCUAUUGUGAUUGCCAGCUGCAUCCCCAUUCGUCUCUACUUGCUGCCCAAGAUCUUUACCGAGGAUGAGCUCGUGUUGAUGGAUAGCGGAGACGACGCCUUGGUGGAUCGGUGGCUGGAUGACCACGGAAGGACGAGACAAACGAAACUUGUUCCGCUCAAGCCGUACAAGGACGACGAAAUGCAUCAUAACUCGAUCUGUGGGGGUGACGAAAGGAACAGUCUCUCCUUGAAGAGUCGAGAAACGUGA